GUCGCGUUUUGAGCGGCGGUGGCCCGGAGCGGGAGAGGUUUGUCCGCCGCGGCCCGCGGUAGGGAGGCCCCCGGGAGCGGGAGCAAUGGCGGCGGAGAAGGAGCCGCUGACGGCCGCCGCGGUGCAGCGACUGGUGGAGCGGAAAGACGCGGUGGAGGCGCAGAUCAGAGCUUAUUACGAGGUGUUGGAGACGCAAAAGGACGCUGGGAUGGAGCAGCCUUUGGUUGAUGUGGAGGGAUACCCGCGGACUGACAUCGAUAUUUACCAGGUCCGAACGGCGCGACACAACAUCAUCUGCCUGCAGAACGACCACAAGGAGCUGAUGACCAGGAUCGAGGAGGCGCUACAUGGGCUCCACGCACGAGAGCGACAGAAGCGACUGCUGGACGCGACCGAUUCACAGAUGGAGGCCGUGAUGCCGGACGCCAGCCCCCCACUGCGGGCCUUCGCCAAAGUGGACAUGGUGGCCCCAGGCUCCCCGGCCAGUGUCGCCGGUUUGCUACCCGGUGAUGAGAUUGUUGAAUUUGGCACCGUCAACACACAGAACUUCCAAAACCUGCAGAAUAUCGCCAGUGUCGUGCAGCACAGUGAAACAAGACCGCUGAGUAUCACAGUGCUUCGAACAGGAAAGAAGUUGCACCUCGGCCUUACACCUCAUCGAUGGAGUGGAAGAGGAUUGUUGGGGUGCAAUAUCAUUCCUUUAUAGAAGUAGAUCUCGAAAACUGUUUCUCGACCACUCGCUCAAUCAAUCACUCGCUCGAUCAAUCAGCCACUCGCUUGCUCAGCCGGAGGAAGUUCUCAUCUGGCUGCAGAUUACUCUCGAGCUGGAGGCACAAUAAGGAGCAGCGUUUUCCCCACCAGAGGAACAUGGAGUCCUAUUUCUACCAACUUCUACCACAGGAGUUGCAGACGUCACAAUUAGGAUCCGAAAUCUCAGUCGUGAAAUUGGAAACACAGCGCAGAAGUUUGAACUUGUUUUUUUCCUAUUUUAGCUCUUAAAAAAAAAACAACUGUGUCCAGGUUUUUUUUAAAAAAGAAUUUUUAGAACUUUCCAAAAUUAUGCACAAUGGUCUUAAGACUUAACACAGUGAGCAAUUGUAGGCCUUUCUAUUAAAACUUAAGGCAGUUUUUUGGGGGAUUUUGUUUUAUUGAAUCUAUUUUUUUAGCACUGAGGAUUUUUUUGGUGCAGUUUCUUACUUGUCUUCUUCCUGAACUAUUAUUUUGUUCCCUUUUCACAGUCUUCCUGCCCCGUGUUUCAGCUCUCGGGGUGUCGAGUGGCAGCCUGCCUCUCUGUGGUGGUGAUUUGGCGGGUGAGUGAGUGGGGGAGAGAGAGGAAGUGAGUGAGUUUAUCCAAUUUGUUGAAAAUGGUUGGCGUAAAAGAAUGGGUUUGAACUCAGGCUAUUCUGGAUAUACUUUCAAUAUAAUUCAGUGUAUCCAAGUCAUUGCUGAUUUACUGGGAAAGGAUGAAUUACACAGAGUUCACAAAGUCUACAGUCGUGCGUGAAACACACUCACUUUCUGUAGAAUGGUGGAACACUUUUUCUCUCGUAGCACCUGGUACUUCUGUUGCAAAGACCCAGAAGGUUUAACAGAUUUACAAUCCACACGGAUUUCCUUUUGCUCUGUGCCACACUGACUGUUUUGACGUGACUCGUUUGUUGCAGUGCUGAAGUGUGACUGACUUUUUUUCCUUCCAAUCUUACACUCUGAAGAUAGCCGGGAACGAGAUGUGUGUGCAUCUGAUGUUAAAACUGUUUGGGCUUGAAAAAUAAAACAGGAAAUUGUGUAACUGCAA